GGAAAUGUAAUUUACUAUAAGUUAAAGCGCCGGGUAAGAAUAAUAACUCAAAAUAUGAAGAGGGCAUCGUUCAAACAGCCACGGCGCCGUUCUUCUCUCUGCUUGUCUUGUAACUCGCAGUCUUCAAUAUCUUUCUUGUUGGUUUGAAAGUAGUUCCUACUAUCACCGAUUGUCUCUAAAUUUUAGUUUUCGGUUCGUUGGACUCCUUAAAUUUGAAUUUUCGGGAGAACAAAAUUCGGGGGGCUGCUUCAAAAUGACGGCCAAAAUCGCAGUUUCAGUUGCUUAUUGCUACUUAAAAUGGCUACUACUUGCUGCUAGAGAACACUCAAUCGUGGACUUGGAUUGGGUUAAUUGUUGAUUCUUUCUUCAGAACAAUGAGAUGGUUCAAAGGUUUUUUUGGCAGAACUGCAUCGUCUAGAUUUCUGUGUGAAUGCCAGAGAGGAGUUAAUUACCAGCAAAAGUUUGGUCUGGUGAAUGUGAAGCUGAAAUGGGUGAAGGAUAAGUCAUUGGAUGCUGUUGUGGCUGGUGAGAGGGAUCUUAGAGCAGCCUGCAUCCUUGUUUCUGUAAUUUCCUCUGUUUCACACCACUUUGUCCCUAUUUACCACCUCUCCAGGCACCGUGGUCAACUUAAUUUACCUCAGGAUCUUAAGCUAUCUACUUUUAUACGGAAAUACCCUACUAUUUUUCACGAGUCACCUGUUCUUGAUAGUGGAGGUACUCGUGUCCCUGCCUUUGGAUUGACUCCUGAAGCUGUCGAUCUUCAUGAGGAAGAGCUUAAUGUUAUUCAGCAGAGUCAGAAGGAUAUUCUUGAAAGGCUCUGCAAACUACUCAUGCUCACUAAAGAUAAAACACUACCUUUACAAACCAUUGACCAGCUGAAAUGGGAUAUGGGUUUGCCCUAUGAUUACCAGCAUUCUGCGGUUCCAAAUCAUCCUGGUUUGUUAUCUAUGGUCCAUCUCCCUGAUGAUCGUCUUGGCUUGAAACUUCUAUUCUGGGAUGAUCACCUUGCUGUAUCACAAUUGCAAAAGAACAGUGUUUUACAACAAAAGGAAACAGAUAAUAAUCGCUUGGCAUUUCCAGUUAGAUUUACAAGGGGUUUUGGGUUAAAGAGGAAGUGCAUGAAGUGGCUAGAAAAAUGGCAGAUGCUGCCUUAUACUUCACCUUACACUGAUGCCUCUCAUUUGGAUCCACGAACUGAUGUGUCUGAAAAGAGAAUAGUUGGAGUAUUUCAUGAGCUCCUACACCUCACUAUACAAAAGAAAACAGAGCGCAACAAUGUAAGCAAUCUUCGCAAGCCAUUGUCUCUGCCUCAGAAAUUCACCAAGGUGUUUGAGCGCCAUCCAGGCAUUUUUUACAUUUCUAAGAAGGGUGAUACUCAGACAAUUGUUCUUAGGGAAGCCUAUGAUCAUCAACAACUCUUGCAAAAACACCCCCUUGUAGAAAUCCGGGAAAAAUAUAAGACCCUGAUGAUUAAAGGAUUUUUGGACAAGAGUAGGGGAUUAUACAAGAAAAAGACGGAUGCUGAUCAAGAGCUUAUAUGUAAUGAUCGACUCAGUGGCAUAGGAUACAGUUCUGAACUGGAGUCAGACGGUAAUUUGUUGUCAGAAUAUGAUUCGGAUGAUCCUGCUCAAUGUGCUUCCUGAAUCUGUAAAUGAAUACCUUGGGGUAUUAAUGACCUGCUCAAAAAAUUCAUUCAAUGGAUUGGAUUCUUUGCAUGAAGCUGGAAGGCAUAUUGUUCUCCUUUCUCUUGGAUUAAUUUCUCUGGGAAGGUAAUCUCAAAAUUAGAUUUGGCUACUCCAAACGUGAAAGAUGAGAUGUUCCCAAAAUCUUACUAAAGCAAAGAGGGACUCCCUUAGAUCUUAUUGGAAGUGGAAUCAUAGGUGUUGGUAUACAAAAUUUCCAAAGUUUAGAGGCUUUCAAAAGAACUGGUGUACACAAUUCAUUAAACAAUAUUUGGAUUAUUACCUCAAUAAAAUUAUACGCAUUUAAUUUCGAA